AUGGCGCAUGUGCCGGGCGCGCCCAAAAAGGCCUGGUGGGCCAUCUCCACAGUCCUCGCUUCGGUUGUGGUGGUCGCUGCGCUCAUCGCCGUCCGCAUCCAACCCGAUGAGGGCAAGGCACAGCCGGCGCACGGCGACGUGCAAGGCCGUACGGCACGCGAGCCCCUGCCACUUCUGGAGCCUUCAGAAGCCCUACAUUCUCUGGCGGCACCUGAGGGGGGUGAGUGGCGGGUAGUCUCGCAGCUUCCCCGCAUUUACGUACACGAUGACUUCCUCAGCGACUCGGAAUGCGAGACGUUGAAGCAGCAGGUAGCCGGCCGCCUGGAGCCCGCAAAAGUUGUCCAGAAGGCAGACAACAAAUUCGAUGAGCAGGUCAGCGUCAGAAACAACAAGCAGAUCUGGUUGAAUUACACGCAGGAGAAGGACCUGCCAGAGGUCUUCCACCUGCUGAAGAGGAUGCAUCGUGCUGCUCGCAUUCCCGACGAUGACGCCGAAGCUCUUCAGAUAGGCCUCUACGGUCCGGGCGAAAAGUAUGAGACGCACCAAGACUCCGAUCCCCAGAAGCUUGGAGAGCAAGAGGGAGAAGUUUUGGGUGACAUUUGGGUGACUUAA